GUUCUGCCACUCAAAUUAGAAACUUCCACAGCAACCGUUAGUGAGUGUCCCCGCCAAGCAUACCUAGGUUGUACCGGUAUGCCUGCACGACGCUGCUCAUUACACUAGCCUUACGCCCCGCCAUCAACCCCCCACCAAAGCCUUGCUCUCAAGCUGUUGCAGCCCAGCAGGGCAUGGAAGAAUCUCGACUUCCUUCCACUUCUAGCUUCAAGUCAAGUUACUUAGCACAGUCUCUCUGAACACCCCAGCAGGAAUUAGUUAAGCUAGCAAAAGGGUCUUGGCCGUCCAAGCUACGAGAAAAUCUAUUACUCCCUUUGCCGCAGGGCGCAUCACAGAGCGGAAUCGAAGGCAGAAUGAGUUUCACAAUCGAGGCGCCAGGCGAAGCUGCGCCUUUGAGUCAGUGGGAGCUGGUCAAGGCACUGAGCGCUGCUGCUACUUCGACAGACCAUGCCCAAAGACAGUCAGCCAGCCAACAGCUUCAGACUUGGGAGUCAAAUCCAGAUUACUAUCCCAAUCUACAGACGGUAUACCUCGACACUACGCAAAAUAAACAGGUCCGCUUCCUCGCUAUCAUCCUUUUAAAAAAUGGCAUCGACAGAUAUUGGAGGCACACGGCAAAACACGCCAUCAAACCCGAGCACAAGCGCCUGAUCCGCUCAAGGCUGCUGCAGGGCUCGCUCAACGAAGAAGAUAGGGUCUUUUCCCUACACAACGCCCUUGUCACAGCCAAGAUCGUCAGGAUAGACUACCCAAACGAAUGGCCUGAUGUCUUUUCCACCAUCAUCGAGCUGGCCAAAUCGGCAAAUGUUUCUAACCCCCUGCAUCUGCGCGGCGCCCUUCUUGUGUUGCUCCGCAUUGUUAAGGAGUUGGGCACCGCCCGCCUGCGCCGGUCUGUGACUGCUCUUCAGGCCGUCACGCCCGAGCUGGUGCAGCUCCUGGGCGAGGUUUACACCAACAAAACAGCCUACUGGCAGGACUUCUUGACCAAAGGUCUUGGCGACGAGGUUGGCGCCGAUUUUGCAAUGCAGAAUAGCCUGACAUCUCUCAAGAUCCUGCGGCGUCUAGUGACGGUUGGCUAUGAACAGCCGCACACAGACGACAUGGUGUGCGGGUUCUGGUCGCUCUCGCAGUCACAGUUCGACCAGUUUCUAAGCGGCCUCAGUCCUGGCUCCUGGAUUCCUGCUCAACACCAGGAAAUCGUCGGCAAGCACCUUAUACAGUUCACCAAACUGCACAUCGACAUGUCCGAUAUGCACCCAGCCAGCUUCCCCUUAUUACCCAACUCGAUCCCCCUCGUCAAGGCCUACUGGAACCUCGUCAAAGGUUUUUCUGAGGUUUUUGAGAAGUCCGACGGCAUCAAGCAGACAUCUAGCGAAACCGCUGCUGGGAACCCCAAGCACGAAGGUCCACUCUCCGAGAAACUCGCUCUCAAAGGGCUCCUGCUGCUGAGGAGCUGCGUAGCUCUCGCUCACAGGCCGACGCAAACCUUCAAGUACCGGAGCCCUGAGGUCAAAGAGUUGGAGAGGCAAGCAGUUCAAACCAUCAAGACAGGUCUGCUGUCAAGGGAUUUGCUUUUAGAUAUCGUCCAGGUCAUAAUCAGCAAGCUCUUCAUUUUCCGCAAGUCUGACCUUGAUGCUUGGGAAGAAGAUCCCGAAGGUUGGGAGUCGCAAGAGCGGACCGAAGGCCAGGCAUAUGAAUGGGCUGUCCGUCCCUGCGCCGAGAGGCUACUGCUGGAUCUCCUCACUUACUAUAAAGAACUUGGCGAGCCACUUCUUGCUUAUUGCCAGAACGCUACACAAGUUGAUAUGGACAUCGUCACCAAGGAGGCUGCCUAUUGUGCCCUGGGCUGCGCCGCCGCGCUCAUCCACCCGGUCUUUGACUUUGACGGGUUCCUAACAACGAAAUUGGUUAAGGAUUCGCAGAUCCAAAACCCCAUGGCCAAACUACUCCGCCGCCGGAUAGCAAUCCUGCUAAGCCAGUGGGUAUCCAUCAAGAUAGCCCAGGCCAACCGACCUAUCGUGUAUGACAUAUUCCGCCAUCUGAUGAAUCCCGACGACCAGCUCAAUGACGAAGUCGUGCGCAUUACAGCCGCACGUCAGCUUAAGUUUAUAGCCGAGGACUUCGAAUUCACGGGAGAAGCCUUCCUCCCCUUUGCAGCCGACACAUUCACAUUGCUGAUUAACCUGCUUCAGGAGGUGGAUAGCGAUGAGACGAAACUGGCUAUUCUUGAGACGGUGCGCGUUAUCGUAACCCGAAUGGAGUCUCACGUCUCGCAGUUCGGAGACGCUAUCAUGCUGACGCUCCCCAAGCUGUGGGAAUCGGCCGGCAGUGAGGAAUACAUGAUCAAGCAGUCGGUGCUCGCAAUAACCUCGGCGUUGGUCAUGUCAAUGCGCACCGAUUCGCAGCGGUAUCAGAGCGUGAUCACACCUUUAUUGAAGGAGGCAAUGAAUCCGGAGUCGGCACUUCAUCUCCAUCUCAUCGAGGAAUCCGUCGAGCUGUGGAGGUCGGUUCUGAUGCAAAGCUCACCGCCCCUGGGCCCGGACCUCACGCAUUUGAUUCAGCUGGCUUUGCCACUGCUAGAGUACGACUCGGAAGUGGCAAACCAGUGUCUCUCCAUUGUGAAAGACUACAUACUUUUAGCCCCCCAGGACAUCCUCAGCGAAGCUCUUCGUCGUCCCACUCUGGCGUCCUUGGCGAAGGCGCUGGAUUCAAAGAGCCGAGAUCAUGCCCAGCUCGCUGCCAAAUCCAUUGAGCUCGUUAUCCGCGUGGCGGAGGAGCUUGGCGGCGCCCAGGGUGUUUCGGUCGUCGUCCAGGACAUGCUGGAAACCGGUAUGCUGGCUACAAUGCUCGAUGGCCUGCAUAGCGCCUGGGAAUCUAGCCAGACUACUGGGCCCAACAGAAAGCCGAGCAAAAUCAACACCAUCAAGGAGAGUGAUUAUUUUGCCAUUCUUGCCCGCAUCGCCCUGGGGGAUCCGGCGGUCUUUGCCACGAUGCUAGCGAGCUUCGGCAACUCCAUUGAGACGGUCUGGUCAUGGCUCACCACGCAGUGGUUUGCCAAUUUUGACUGCAUGGGCGACAUUGAGCGAGAAAAGCUCUCGUGCCUGGCACUUACACGUCUCUGCGAGCUCCCCAAUCCGAUGCAAGAUUUGGUUCUUGGCCGACUGCAGGAUUAUCUGACCAUGUGGACCAGUGUUAUAACGGAAUUGGCCGACGGUGCUAGCAGCGACACGCCGGGUCGGGACACUCUUGUGUGGACCGAGGUGGUAAAGUAUGACUACUACACGCCGCUCGAUAUUCAGGAGCAUGAAUUCGCGUUCAGGGACCCGGUGCAUAGGGUAGCGACAUACGAUUUUGUCCGGGCGAGGCUGCAGGAUCUGGUGCAGCGCGUCGGCGGGGAGCAGGCAUUUGAGGAGAACUGGGCAGUCAAUGUCGAUAGGGAGGUUUUGACUGGCUUCCAGAGACUAAGUCAGGAUAUAGGGAAGCCGGCCGACUGAGUGAGCUUGAAGCCGUAUGUGGAAGCCAGACGCAGGAUACAGAGCGAAAAAGGCUCUUCCGGUUCAAUCGAACUUGAUCACGGGUUUUCGCUAAAGGUCCUAGUCCAGAUGCAGGUCUAGGGCCCGGGAACUUGAGCCUGCAUAGUCUGGAAAUAUCUUGUCGUGCAUUGCAUGUCUGCUGGGCUGGUAUCCAAAAGGGCAGAUCAAUGGUAGUUAAUUAGCGUUG